CACAUGUUGCUGGCGGUGACAAUGUCAUGGACUUUCUCAAGUCGUGCUGGACCAAUCUACAAGCUGUAGGGCAACGAAUUAAGGGGCUGAUUGAUCUCAAAGNNGAAGGAUACUCGUCCAUCGACUACCUCAUCUAUAAUCACCCGGACGCGACGCAGGGCCAAAAAAGCGAUUGGGAUGAUCAGGAACAGCGAAAUGAACUCUUACUGGGGUUGCGACAGCGGCGGGUGCUGGUGCAGUCAGCCGUGCAGCAGAAGAAGGUCUGCGUCUUUGGAGGCUUCCAGGCCGCAGACGAAUACAUGAAAGAGCUGGGAUGGCAGGGGCGACUCGAGGCGGCCGCCCUGACACGCGCUAACAGCGACCCCAAAGUCGUCAUGCAGAACCAACACAUCUUCAGCAUGUUUCUUGCCGCCGUCGAGGCUUCGCUGUCUAUUUCUUUGUCGCAGCUGUGUGGUGCGAUCCGUGUUGGCCAUAUGACGUGGCUCCUCCCGACCGAGGGCGACCACCAACUGCUGUCCCUUCGCGCGCAAAUGACCAGCCAGGGCACUCUUGCUCUCCUUCCGCACGCAAACAACACUGGUUUGUCUAUUGCAUCCGAUACCGACGGCGCCAACAUCAUACUCGCUCCUUCGGGUACCCCUGCCAUCGUCGCAUCCNCCCUGGACCUUCCAGACUACCAUGACGGCGCAUCGUCAUAUCAAGCUCGCAGAGAAGCGCGUAUGCGCCUCAGUCGUCGCGCAAAACAUGACAACUGGAAGAGCUUGGCCGCGACAAAGUUGGAACAAUCAAAUCUACCACAUGAUGAUUCUUGGUUGAGAGUUAGUGUGCGUUCAUCCACCUCUCAAGAUCAGGUUGAAUGUUUAUGGCCUGGCNCCCUGUGCUUGGAAAUACCUUCACGCCAAACGCCACCUUCCAUAGAUCGGACCGACAGUAUGCACUGGUUCGACUCAAAAGACCCGUACCAAAACCCUCUGGACUCUGCUGAAACUUGGUUUCUCGGACAGGAAGAGCGUCUAAACCAGGAACAAAAGACUCGGCAGGCUGAANAAGAUAAGGAAACUGCUGCCAACAAUCCGCCCGACGAAGUAAUACCUGACCAUCUGUCUGUUACAUCACCCAUAUACUCUCGCAGCGUGCAAGAUCAGAUCAGCGUCAAUGGCAUAUAUCCGACACCCNCUGACGCCAUACCACCAAUUAUCUGCUCGGACCCAUCCAUACCUAAUGUCAUAGUCUCUGACAACCCUAUCGAAACAUUACCUGGCUUACCCGAGGAUACCCAAGACCAAGACCAAGUUCAGGAUCAGGAUCAUGACAUGAGAAGAAGUAGCAAUACCUCGGAUAUCGACCUCGACACCGAACAUUAUCGCAAAGGAAGCACUGAUGAUCUGUUCGGAGACGCUGACGAAGAGAUAUUUGAGAAUCCUGGUGUGACGGACGCUGACUUUAACUUCUUCGAUAAUCCCGGAGGAGUCAAUGCAAUGUCUUCGAUCACUGGCCCGCUCGAGGAAAUGACAGAUGCAAUACCUGAUCCCACGCCAAAACCCGAAGCUGUUGUGCUCCAACCACAAUCUGAUGUUGUAGAGCCCGAGGAGGACGUGCCGUUGGAGCUCGCCGGAAAUCAGGAAACGGAGAAAGAGGAUCCAGAUGUCAAGAUAGAAGACGUGACCGAAGAGAUUGUCUCGACUCCACCUCUGAAUCCAUUAAAGAUCAAGCAAAGACUUUUGCCAGAAGAGCAAGGAGAAACGAAUGUUCCUGGCUUGCGACGCGACAGCACGUUCUUGCCUGUGGUAUUCAAAGGCGAUCUCUCCAAUUUUGACGCCAAAUACAGAGCCCUUGGCAAAUUCGACAGUCGAUUCAGCAAGAAGGAAGGUACUACCAUCAGAUCUAACAGCAUCGCACUUCCUGAAAAGCCUCUCAGAACACGCACCUUUAACCCGCUGUCUCGAAGGCGAGCCACGGUGGCUGAGGCCAAAUUUACGCCUCGGGAUGACGAUAUGUCGCAGCGAGAUUCUGAGUCUGAGACCAGCCAGAAUUCAGACUCGGAGAGUAUGUCGUCUGUGGAAGGGAGUCUUCGGUCGCUUGACAUCAGAAAAAGGAAGCGGGGUUCUGCUGAUGAAGGUCCAACUCCGAGAUUGCUUGCUGAAUCCGUUGUUGAGAGCGACGUGGAAAGCGUCAUGUCUGACGCAACAGCCAUGGCUGAUCCUGGACCCGUCAUUGAUCAAUUGGUUGCCGCGAGAGAGUCGCAGAACCGUGUCACAGAGCAGCAGCACAAGUUCUCUGACAACCUUACAAUCUGGAGGACACCAUGCAAAUCUUUACCACCAAGUCAAGAUUUGAGCAUCUGGCCUGUCCUCGACUUUACCGCAGACAAUCUGGUUGAUAUAGCUCAACUUGUUGCUGAACAGAGCACAUUCGCUGAGACUUCCAAGCUUGAUUCUCCGGAUGGUCCCACAGUUGCUUCUCCUGUCUACUCUACCGCUCAAGAUGCGCUGCGACAAGUGUUCGAAAAGGCCCAAGACUGUGACUUUGCCAGAGUCGGUGCAAUGGCUGCUCAUCAUGCCGAACAAGCCAUUGCAGCUGCUGCGAAAACUCAGCAACGUCCUGUGCCGCGGCGGCCUGGCGGCGUCAACUCUGUCAUCACGAUACCCGCGCCAGCCGUCCACGUCCGUCGAGCAGGACAAGGAUGGGAGCUACAGCCGACUGCCAUCAACUUCUGGGACACCCUCGGUCUAGAACCUGCAAAUGGACCAAAAGAUAUCGCAGCCUUUGCUCUAUAUCCCGACAGUGGUGUCAUGGGUGAAGCUGUCGCCGACUUCCUCCAAGACAUUCGUCUGGCGUACGAAACUCGCAAGUUUGGCAAGCACUAUAUCGGUGGCGAGACUGGAGAACAUGAAGAUGGGCUGAUGCCAUACCGCUCACAUGGCGAGGCAUCGGUUGUCAAUGUGUUGCAAGGCAUGCAGACGGCUUGCAACGCGCUUGGCGACUUGCUCCACGAUGCCGAUCUUGAAGACACCAUUGUCAUCUACAUGAUCAACCCCUUCCAAAACGAGACCAUGGUCAAAUAUUUGUGUGGCUGCUUUCAAGCAUUGCUCAUAGCCUACUUUUCGGAUCGCGAAGACCCGCCUCCACUGAUCUUGCAGAUUGUCCCUAUGAGCUGUAUUGCAUGUCCAACUGCAAUGAUCGUGCCAGACCAGACUUGGCUAAACUCGCUUGCCUCUUUUGUCUACGACAGAGUGCCUCUAGACCACAGCACCAAUCACAAUUCCCUCUGGCCUGCAAACCCGUCUCCCAGUAUCCACCUCGUCACCCCUCCAAGCCGCAAGAUUAACUUUGCACUCUCAGAACGCACGCCGCGGAAUCUGCUGGAGGAAGCUCAGGUCUUGCAUGUCGCUUAUGCGAUUAAUGCAGACAACAGCUGGUUAAGCGCCGCAUGGACAAACAACACAGGCACACACCACCACAAAGCAUCCUACUGCCUCAGCAACACGGACGGCAGAAUCAUUCUCACAGAAGUGCGCGAUACGACAUUGAGUCUAUGCCGCAAUUCCCCUCAUCGCAUCUUUGUCGCCCGCGCGGGCGUCAUGCGCGACUGGGAAAAACGCAUAUGGCGCGAGAAACCUGCUGAACAGUGGAGUAUUGCUUUGUUGGAUGUAGAUGUGUGUCCUGCAUUGCAGGUGUGCGCCAACAACGAUGGCAAUGCGUUUGGGGUACAAGGAUUCAUGACGCCAGCACCUACACCCCAAGCUUCCACUUUUACGUCCCCAGAAGCGGGGGAUACCAAACCUUCUACCCCUGCUGGCGAAACACCGAAUCCUGAGUUGCAGCUGCAGACCACAGAUCCUGAUGCUUUCCUCGUCGACUCCACAGACGAGACUUGGGGUAUCUUGAUGCCGUUUUCGUGUACACGGUCUUCUACCCUUUCUCGCCCUCUAGCUUCUGGUUUGUUACUUGAACGCGGUGCUGCAGAUUCGUUGCACAAUCUUCCGGCUUUGGCGGUGGAUCUUAUGGAUGUGGUGCCCCCGCGCAUCCCCGAUGGAGUGGUUUCUUGGUUAGGACAAAGGGCGCCAGAGACUGUCCUUAAAGAGACUAUGGUGUGGUUUAGGGGACUGGGUUUGCUUGGGAAGUUGAGAGGUGUUGGGAAUGGGCAGGGGAACGGGAACAUACCUUGGCAUUUGAGGAUUGCGAUGAUGGGUGCUGAUGCGCUGCAAGGGUUCUUGGAG